AUGGUGACGACUUUCGGUGAUCUCCCGGUAGAGAUCCGCGAGGCCAUCUAUCAGCACACGCUUGAAGACACGCCCGAGGUCUGGGUUCUUAGCCAACGCAAGGACGACGCGGAAUGGCCACCCGCGCCACAUGUCCUCACGGGCUUCCCCACGAUUAUGCGUAUAUGCUACGAGUCGCGCGCCGUGGCGCUCAAACAUGUCAGACUCGCCAAGCUGCCGCUUGAGAAUGGCUCUCAGCUGCUCGUUCCCUGUCGAAAGUUCCGUCCUGAGUUCGACUAUAUGUACGCGGAUAGCCCUCUGGAGGCCUUGACUGUAAGGAUCCUACCAGAUCAUCCGACCGUGAUAUUCCGGAGCGUCCAGCACAUGGCCUUCCCUGCAGACGCCGUGAUCAGAAAUUGGAAGUCUCUCUACCGCCACUUUCGCAAGUUCACCACGCUGAAGGACGUGUCGAUCGUGUUUGGGCCGCACUACGGCCCUUCACCUGGCUGGCUUGAGGAUGAAGAAGAUGAGCCUUCGCUCGGCUUCGGGGGCCAUUGUGGCCAUUAUCGGCUGACGAAAUGUCCCGAAGCAGGUCUGCGGCUCCGCGUAGACUCCCAAACGACCACCCCGGCCAAGAAGACGAUUGCCGGUAUGCGGAGGGACGUGGAUGUUAUAACACGUCUGGGUCGUCUGGUAUAUCAAAACGAAGGAUCUGGUGAGAGACUGGAGCAAAUAGGACCCCUUGCGAUCAAGACUAUGAUAAUGGCGCGGCUGGGGAAAUUCUUUGGUGAUGUGGACAUUCAGACCUAUGUGCAACCCAUGGUGGAAUCGAGCCGGUCAUGA